AUAUUACAUCUGCAUUCUUUUUGUCUUCUAGUGCAUCUAGGACCUUGUUGUAGUGAUCCAAUAGUUGAGACAGACAGGAGCGACCUGUUCUAAACUCAUGUUGCCCUGGGUUGUGUAAUUGAUGGGUUUCUAGAUGGGUGGCAAUCUUGCUUCUUAGGACCCUUUCAAAGAUUUUUAUGAUAUGGGAUGUUAGUGCUAUCGGUCUGUAGUUCUUUGCUAUUGCUUUACUGCCCCCUUUGUGGAGUGGGGCUAUGUCUGUUGUUUUUAGUAGCUGUGGGACGACCCCCGUGUCCAUGGCAACAAAGAAUCAUCUCUCAAACUAAACUAUUUGCAUUACCAGCCACCUGCUCCCUGUAUUAGUCCAUUAAAUUAAGCAUUUACUCUAAUAAUUUUAAGAAUAUAAAAAAAAUAUUAAUAUGGUUAUAAUAAUACUGUAGUAAUAAUAACAACAAUAAUUACAGUUAUUGGAAAACAUUUCUCAAAAGUACAAAAAAUCUAUCCAUGAUUUUGGCUACAAGGUAGCACUACAGUGAUACAAUAUUGUUCUAAUUAAUAAAGAUACUUUAUGAUAUGACAGUGUUGCAGUUAGCAAUAAUACAUUAUGAUACCACAGUGUUGCAAUUGGCAUUAUUUCCACCCAGUUCUCAAUACUCAUCAUAUUUAAACUGCACCUUAAAAGCUGAUUGAACAACAAGCACCUGUGCAAUAAUAUGAUAUUACAGUAAAAAACAUUUAGUUUAUUUGGAUACAUCUAUGAAAUAUUAAGCUUUUAUACAUAUAUGGGAAAACAGACCAAUUAUGUGAAGUUUACACAAGUACAGUAGCAUGCUAAAUGCUUAUUCUUGAGUAUGUAUACUGUUCUUCUCACACACCUCUCUCAUCAGUCAUUAUUCUUGAGUAUGUAUACUCUUCUUCUCACACACCUCUCUCAUCAGUCAUUAUUCUUGAGUAUGUAUACUGUUCUUCUCACACACCUCUCUCAUCAGUCAUUUUUCUUGAGUAUGUAUACUGUUCUUCUCACACACCUCUCUCAUCAGUCAUUUUUCUUGAGUAUGUAUACUGUUCUCACACACCUCUCUCAUCAGUCAUUAUUCUUGAGUAUGUAUACUGUUCUUCUCACACACCUCUCUCAUCAGUCAUUUUUCUUGAGUAUGUAUACUGUUCUUCUCACACACCUCUCUCAUCAGUCAUUUUUCUUGAGUAUGCAUACUGUUCUUCUCACACACCUCUCUCAUCAGUCAUUAUUCUUGAGUAUGUAUACUGUUCUUCUCACACACCUCUCUCAUCAGUCAUUAUUCAUUUUCCUUACUACAUUUUUUUUUGUAUUCAACUUCCAAACUUUUAUAGCUUAGUUUGUUAGAUAUAAGCCUAUUGACUGAAUGUAGGUAAUUAAGGAUGCAGUUAACCUGUUCCUAACACAACAAAUAUUAAUCCCUGAAAUAGGGAUGCAGCUCUCAGGUUAUAUAUACAGAAAAAUUUACACCUGUCGGUGUACUUUAAAUUUGAAAUUGUAAAUAUUUUGUUCAUCACUGGGGAAUGAAUACCGAGGGUUUUAGCUAACAAUUGAGAUAUCUGAUAAUUAUUCAUAACUAGUACCUCAGUGUAUUGUUUAUUGUUGCAGCCACAGUAUUGUGACUGUUUAUUCAUGGCUAGUGUUGGGAACUGUUCCUGUUUUCCUGUAGACAAUAUCAUUGGAAGUGCAUUCUCAACAUUGUUCCAUAUCUAAUUUAUCUUUUUAAUAAUGAAAGAAAAAAGAAUGUACAGUACUUCACACCCCAUUUUUUGUAUCCCUCCCUCUCUUUUUCCCUUCUCCCAUUUUCUCUUUCCUUCAUCCAUUCUUUCUUCCCAUCUCUCAUAACCUUUCAUUCUCUUGACCCCUCUUAAAUUCUGUCAGUGUGUCCAGUUAUAUUAGACACAUCACUUGACAUGUUGUGGUGAGAGGGUUGUGGUGAGUGAGUGUGUGGUGUGAGAGGGUUGUGGUGAGUGAGUGUGUAGUGUGAGAUGGUUGUGGUGAGUGAGUGUGUGGUGUGAGAGGGUUGUGGUGAGUGAGUGUGUUGUGUGAGAUGGUUGUGGUGAGUGAGUGUGUGGUGUGAGAGGGUUGUGGUGAGUGUGUAGUGUUAGAGAGUUGUGGUGAGUGCCUGAGUAUAGUGUGAGAGGGUUGUGGUAAGUGCUUGAGUGUGUGUGGUGUGCGAGAGGGUUGUGGUGAGUGCCUGAGUGUGUGUGUGUGUGGCAUGAGAGGGUUGUGGUGAGUGCCUGAGUGUGUAAUGUGAGAGGGUUGAGGUGAGUGCCUGAGUGUGUGUGUGUGAUGUGAGAGGGUUGUGGUGAGUGCCUGAGUGUGUAAUGUGAGACGGUUGUGGUAACUGCCUGAGCAUUAAGCAGGGAGUGGUUAAGUAAAAAAAAUUAAGUGAUUUUGAGAGUUGCACACUGUAACUUUAUUCAUGAAAGCAAAGAGGGGAAUGUAUGAGAGUACAGUUAUACCAAUGCUCUUAUAUGGGUAUGAAGCAUGGGUGGUGAAUGUUGCAACAAGGAGAAGGCUGGAGGCAGUGGAGAUGUCAUGUCUGAGGGCAGUGUGUGGUGUGAAUAUAAUGCAGAGAAUCCAUAGCUUGGAAAUUAGGAGGAGGUGCCGUCUGGCUGACGAACCAUCAGACCAUUUUGAAAAGCCACAGGAUGUAAUAAGUGACAAGAUUAUUUAUAAGCUGAGUGAUCUAACCAGGUGCUCCAUUUAUGAUGAAAUGUCCACAGAAUACUGCCAUGAAAUGAGCAGUGCACCAUCACAAGGUAGCAAAAAAAAAAAAACUACACUAAGUAGGAUAAGCAAAUCUGCACAUGUUACUAAUAGUCAUGGAUAUGUUAGACAUAGAGGUAAAUUGAAAGCUUCUUCCAUCAGUGCCCUUUCAAAAAGUCAGAGCACAAUCCCAAAGAAAACCACCCAUAAAGCAGGUUCAAAUUUGAACGAAAAAGAUAUUCAUCACCCAGUGAUACAGGAGCACAUAUCCUCAAAAAGUGAAAAAGGAAAAAACAGGUUCACAAGUCACAAGAGGAAGCAAAUAACAAAUUUUUUAUCUGAGAUUUCCACACUUGAGUCAGAUUGGUUACCCUACAACCCAAGAGGACAGAGGGAUAUACCCAGGUUGGAUUUACUUGCUCUGAAAAACAGCAACAUUAAUGCAACUCAGGAUCAGACAACAUUUGAACAACCCAGCUUCCAAAACAUCAUCUCCAGUGCAUUCAUCAAUACUCACUCCAUAUCACAUCAAGGGAAACAUGCAGCAGUGACAGUGCCUGUGCAGCACACGAGUGAAAAUAUAAACAGUGGCAUUUUUAAAGUACCAAGGCUUCUGUCUAACACACUUGCUGUGAAAAAUAGCACAAUCAAUCUGCUAAGCAUGGCUUCAAUUCCAGAGGAAUCUUCUUUACUGGAAGCAACUGAAAGUGAAGUUCCAUCACAAGUUUGCCCAUCUAAAGAGAACCCACUGACAAAUACAUUGAACCAAACUAUUUUAAACCCUCCAAGAUCAUCAUCUGUUCAUAGUCAAACACAUUGUAAUGCACAGAUUGAAAAGGCCAUUCAAGCUGCUCAUAGUGGUCCUUCAAAUACCAGAAAAGAAAUAGACAAUCAAGUUCAUUGCAAGAGAGACAUCAAGGAAACUCUAGAAGAUAAUCACAGUACUAUUGCAGUGACUGCCACACAGGAUCCAUCUAUUAAUAAGACUACAAACAAUAAUGUCGGUGCCAAAGCAGUCAGGGUGUGCUUCGUACAUUGGACUACGUGCGGCCAGCAGUAACAGCCUGGUUGAUUAGGCCCUGAUCCACCUGGAGGCCUGGUCGUGGAUCGGGCCGCGGAAUGCUGUCCGGGUAGACUCCAGGUAGACUCCAGGUUGAAAAAAGCCAACAGCGCGCUGUUAUGAUCCUUGAAAGUAAGAACAUCCCAUUCAUCGCCAUAGAUAUCACCGACCCUGGUCAAGAAGAUGCAAAACAUUACAUGAAUGAGAAUGCAAAGCCAAAAGGACACAACAGGGUUCCCAUGACACCGCAGAUUUUCAAUGAGGCUGAGUACUGUGGAGACUUUGAUGAUUUGGAUAUGGCUAAUGAAACGGAUUCACUUGGAGAGUUCUUAAAAUUGACCGAGGAAGAAAAGAAGGGCAUAAAGACUGGCAUUACUGGUAUUCUUCCUGAAGACAGAGCGAAGGCAAAGUGACAGAGUGAGACAUCACAGUUGACCAAUGGUGUUUCAGCCAGGUAGGGGUGCACUAACCCAGCUUGCAGUAAGCCUCAGAUGUGGAACAUUCAGCCUUCCAUUCAUCCUAUUGGGGCUGUAGUAGUGCUACUGCACAUGAUUGUCUGUGUAGUUUUGCUUGGUGAACAGUAAUUAUUACCAGUCUUAUGAAUGUGGGAUUUUGAAACUGCAUGUACGGUAAGAAUAAAUGAAACUGUAUAAACUACAAUACUGUCUUGAAAAAUACCCAAAUAGUAUAGUUCCUUGUAAUGUUACGUGUAUUUGUUUGCUUAACAGCAUAAGGUUGAUCUUCUCAAA